AUGUGUCUGCAACGACAUGCUGCAGUUGUGUUCAUAGGUUACAGGCCUGAGUUUCCUAAAGUUGGUGACAGGUUCUCAGAGGAAGGAGUCACGGAUAAGCUUAUGAUAGCAUGGAAUGUUGAUGUAAAACUCAUAGAAUGUGAACUUUUGGAUAUUAAACUUGUGGUUCUAAAUGAACCAAAGGAUGUGGAGUUAGGUGGCCAUGGCUUCGCCUUCGUCGUGGCGCCCUCCACCAACUUCUCUGAUGCCACUAGAGGCCGCUACCUCGACCUCUUCAACGAGUCGAACAACAGAAACCCCACCAAUCAUAUAUUUUCAGUUGAAUUCGACACCGCUCAACAAGCAAUUUUGAUGGAUACAGAUGCAAGCCAUGUGGCCAUCAACGUUAACCGUGUAAUAUCCAAUGCCUCUGCACCUGCUGCUUACUAUAUAGAGUAUGGCAAGAUGGAAUGGGUGGUUCUAGAUAGCAAGACGACCAUUCAGGCAUGGAUAGAAUAUGAUGGACAGAUGAAGCAGCUGAAUGUCACCAUAGCUCCAUUGCUGGUUAGCAAGCACUAUAUUUUGGGAUGGAGCGCCAAGAUGAGCGAACAACACCUGGACCUUUCACGCCUUCCCUCUAUUAGUGAUGAAUCUCCUCUGUGGAAGUCUUCUAAGUUGUUCUUGAACCUGACAUCCAAGAAGAUAGAAGGAUGGGAGAUAGACUACCCACAUAGGUUCUCAUACAGGGAACUCUACAGGGCAACCAAGGGUUUCAAGGAUGAAUUGGGCAAAGGAAGUUUCGACAGUGUCUACAAAGGUGUGAUGCCAGGCACCGGAUUGGAAGUUGCAGUCAAGAAAGUAUCGCCUGAGUCAAAACAGGGAAUGAGGGAGUUUGUUGCAGAAGUGUCGAGCUUGGGGAGGAUGAGACACAUAAACUUGGUCCAAUUGCAUGGAAGCCUCAGUUGGGAACAGAGGUUCAAUAUUCUGAAGGGAAUUGCUUCCAGCCUGCUGUUGAGUGAUUUUGGGCAUGCCAGACUCUUUGGGCAUGGGACCAACCCAAAGACAACCCACAUCGUUUGGAGCUUCGGGUACAUGGCGCUGGAGCUCUCCCACACCUACAAGUCCAUGACGAGUUCAGAUGUGUAUUCUUAUGGUGCCUUACUCCUAAAGGGUGGACAAACACUGGACGCUAUGGACAAGAAGCUUGAGAAUUGCUAUGUGGUGGAGGAAGGAGAGCUUGUGCUGAAGCUUGGCAUGCUCUGCUCACAGACUGCGCCUGAAUCAAGGCCAAACAUGCAGUAA